AUGGUGAGCGAGUACUGGGGAAUUCUUGGGAAGUACCGCCUUUUAUGGUGUGAUAUAUGGUUGUGGUGUUGUGUUCUGUUGAAUUCUGAGAUAAAAGUCGAGGAGGUGGUCAGGAUGAAGAUGCAGAAUGAUGUCACAGAAGAAGAGAGUGUGGUGAACCUACUCUUGACAUAUGAGCAAUUCACCUCUAUCCAGAGAUGA